AAAACCUGCUUUUGCUUUGUUAUUAUGGGGCAUUGUGUGUAAAAAUUAUUUAAACCAUUUUAGAAUAAGGUUGUAAUGUAACAAAAUGUGGUAAAAGUCAAGGGGUCUUCAGAAUGCUCUAUACACACCAUGCAGUAUUUUGGGGACUAUAUAUAUACCAUGCAGUAUUUUGGGGACUAUAUAUAUACCAAGCAGUAUUUUGGGGACUAUAUAUAUACCAUGCAGUAUUUUGGGGACUAUAUACACACCAUGCAGUAUUUUGGGGACUAUAUAUAUACCAUGCAGUAUUUUGGGGACUAUAUAUAUACCAUGCAGUAUUUUGGGGACUAUAUAUAUACCAUGCAGUAUUUUGGGGACUAUAUAUAUACCAUGCAGUAUUUUGGGGACUAUAUAUAUACCAUGCAGUAUUUUGGGGACUAUAUAUAUACACCAUGCAGUAUUUUGGGGACUAUAUACACACCAUGCAGUAUUUUGGGGACUAUAUAUAUACCAUGCAGUAUUUUGGGGACUAUAUAUAUACCAUGCAGUAUUUUGGGGACUAUAUACACACCAUGCAGUAUUUUGGGGACUAUAUAUAUACCAUGCAGUAUUUUGGGGACUAUAUAUAUAUACCAUGCAGUAUUUUGGGGACUAUAUACACACCAUGCAGUAUUUUGGGGACUAUAUAUACACCAUGCAGUAUUUUGGGGACUCUAUAUACACACCAUGCAGUAUUUUGGGGACUAUAUACACACCAAGCAGUAUUUUGGGGACUAUAUAUAUACCAUGCAGUAUUUUGGGGACUAUAUACACACCAAGCAGUAUUUUGGGGACUAUAUACACACCAAGCAGUAUUUUGGGGACUAUAUAUAUACCAUGCAGUAUUUUGGGGACUAUAUAUAUACCAUGCAGUAUUUUGGGGACUAUAUAUAUACCAUGCAGUAUUUUGGGGACUAUAUAUACACCAUGCAGUAUUUUGGGGACUAUAUACACACCAAGCAGUAUUUUGGGGACUAUAUACACACCAUGCAGUAUUUUGGGGACUAUAUACACACCAAGCAGUAUUUUGGGGACUAUAUAUACGGCAUGCAGUAUUUUGGGGACUAUAUACACACCAUGCAGUAUUUUGGGGACUAUAUAUACACCAUGCAGUAUUUUGGGGACUAUAUACACACCAAGCAGUAUUUUGGGGACUAUAUAUACACCACGUGGUAUUUUUCCAAACAAUUCAACACUUCACUGUUUUAACUCCAUAACUAUUGUAGGGGAGAUCAAUGAGGUUAGAGGUUACCAUGGAGAUGAAUGAUUGACAGCUUGCUGGCUGGACACCUAGCACAGGAUGUGGAAGAGCGUGUGUGUGUGUGUGGCUGAAAAGUGCUGGGCACAGUGUAACCUUAAUGAUGACUGUGCAUAAAGGAGAGUUUGACGAGACCCUGUACCAAGGGAUGGAGGAAGGAGAGAGAGAGAGAGAGAGAGAGAGGAGGGAGGGAGAGAAAAACAGGGAGGGAGAGAGGGUGAGUGGGUGAGAGGGUCAGAGGGUGAGU